AUGGAUGGUCUGGAUCUUGAUGAUGAAAAUGAGGGAAGAUCACCUUCUCAAGAAAGUAGGGAAAGGCAGCAGCGAGAGGUGGACUAUCGAGAUUAUCGAGAGGGCAUGAACUCGACAAGCCGCUCUACACGCGAUUUUAGCCGGAAGAGUGAGAGCCUUGGAGAAGAGGUGCUUCUUCAAGAAUUAAAGGCUGCGAAAGAGGAAAUAAAGGAGAGAGAACGGCGCAUUCAGCUUUUAGAAGAAGCUAAUGAUCGACUUGUUUUUCGAAUGCGCAACCUCCAAGUGGAGAUUCAGGGAAAGGAAAAAACGAUUCGCGAACUGAACCAGGAAAUAAACUUUAUGAAGCGAAAGCUCGAUAAACCCACCGAAAUCCUCGUAAACGAAAUAAAGCACAAAGAUUUAUUGAUCGAAACGCUGAAGAGGCGGCAGCAGCAGUAUCGGAGCGAUUCGAUCCCGAUCGAUCCGGAUGGUGAGCGAGGGUCGUUUUCCACGCCGCUCGUUCCGCAGCACAGCUAUGUCCGAAGUCGUCCUCGCGUGGUCCGGCAAAACCGCGCAUCCGUUCAAGAUGAAACAGAAAUCAUCAACGAAUGGAAUAAAGUGCUACAAAUCUUCUACGAAGCAGAUGCAAACCUCAUCCGGCAUCUUCGCCAAUACGUGAUCCUCUCGAUCUCUCGACUGGCCAUGCUGGAGCAGACGGGCUACGAGGACGAGGAAGGGAUCUACCGCGACUCUUGCUAUCUGUGCAGUGAAAAAUUCGACUGUUUUCAUAAGGCGUGUGUUUGUUAUUUCUGUCGAUUUAUGUUUUGUAAGCGAUGCGCACCGCGCAAGCUGGUGCUGGGAGCGAAUAAUAAGUCGCAACGAGUGUGUGUGCUGUGUGAACACAUGUAUAAAUUUGUGAAUAUGAAGGAUAAUAAGGAAUAUAGUUGA